CAUGGUGGGGUGCCUCGACUUCAAAAUUUGAGACUAGGGUUUUAUGGCUUUGUGCUUAUCUCCUUUUUCAGUGUUCCCUAUCAGAAGCAACUCUUGUAUAAUGGAGAUUGAACUAGAAUCGCUGUUGAGAGCAGCGUGGAUCGCGGCAAUCUUGCCCAUUCUCGUGGCUUCGCUCCCUUGUGCUCGUCUCAGUUCCUUCCAUCGACUUGUAUUGACAUUCGCGAGCAGAGGGAAGGUCAUGCCAUCUUCGUCACGAAUAUUUACUGUUCCGCAGAGGUUCUUCCUGCAUUUUUACGUGGUGGCUGUGCCAUGGACAACAGUUUUGCUACUUAUGACUUGGUUCUAUGCGUAUUGGAUGGUGCCAUUCAGUUCUGAGUCUUUUCAUUAUUCUACAGUUGCAAGCCACUUGACUGGAGGCUCACAUAUAUUUUCCAUGCACAAGCCUCCUUCAACUCCUCUAAAACAUAGAUACAGGAUAUGGAAAACCUUGUUUUUGCUUUUACUGAUGGAAGUUCAAGUCCUGAGACGCCUUUAUGAGACAGUACAUGUUUUUAACUACAGCCCUUCAGCUCGGAUGCACAUUUUAGGCUACUUAACUGGUAUUUUUUUCUAUGCAGCUGCGCCACUAUCACUUUGUAGCAUUUGUGUGCCAGAGGUCUUGAGCUUUGCUGCUCAUCACAUGGCUGAGUUUAUUGUUAAUGGUCGGGAUCACAUGCCUAAAAUUGAAUUUGAUUGGUGGGGAUACAUGAAGCCUCUUACAAAGCUUGGAUGGUGCCAGUGGAUUGGUGCGGCUAUUUUUAUUUGGGGUGGAAUUCAUCAGAGCCGUUGUCAUUCAAUUCUUGGCUCAUUGCGUGAAGACAGAGAGAAGUCAGAUGAAUACGUAAUCCCUCAUGGUGAUUGGUUUGAAUUUGUUUCCUCUCCACAUUAUCUAUCUGAAAUGGUUAUAUAUGCUGGAAUUCUGGUUGCAAGUGGAGGUUCAGAAUUGACAAUUUGGCUACUUUUUGGCUUUGUGGUGGCAAAUCUCACCUUUGCAGCUGCAGAGACACAUAGGUGGUAUCUCCAAAAAUUUGAUAACUACCCACGUAAUCGGCAUGCCAUUCUUCCCUAUAUUUAUUAGAGAUGUCGAUAUGACCAUCAUUUAUUGUACAAAACCAGUUGAUGGACAAAGGGAAACAAUAUAUAUAUAUUUUUAAGGUGGUUAUUGUUUCAGGCUGAGAUGAACUGUGUUUCACUUGCUUCCUUACCUUGUUUGUAAUGUA